GUCAUUGUAUCUCUUUUUGUUGCUGGCAGGAUGGCAGCUGCGUGAAGUAUCAACCGGAAGCAUCACAAUGUUUAUCACGUUAUCACAAGUUUAAACCAUCCAGUCAAACCACAAUUCCAACUCGAAGGAAGUUUUAAGCGGACCAACACGAAAAUCUGCUCAAGUUCCAAACACAAGCCGAAGCAUAACCAAGAUGAACAAAAGCAUUGUUCCCCCUGCGCUCGUUGAAGCUUCCUCCCACCAAAAGCGGGGAAGCGACGCUACUGCAACUACAGCCAGCUCAAGUGGCACCAACACGAUGGAGGAUUUUUGGAAUGUUGACCUCUCUGAUCUGAUGCAUCUUUCCGGUUCGAAGCCCAACCUGCCACCCUUUCAACGCUCUGCGUCCUGUGGGGAUGACUGUCCCUCACCUGUUCGCGGAAUUCCCGCUAAAAGAGGAGUACAGCGGAGCAAGAGUAGCACCGAAGCCCCGGUUCACCUUCGUAGUGCUCUCAAGGGCGCCUCUACUCAAAGAGCCAGAGCAAUGGGAAAGCGCAAUGAAGAUGCUCCGAUUCGCCUUCCCGCUCGAGGUCGUGACCGAAACUUGAGCUCUAUCCGGAUACCCGGUUUGAGCAGAAGCAAGACAAGGAGCAAUAGUCGUCCCCGCACCCCCAGCGAUGAUGAUGAUUGCAACACUCUGAAGCGCACAGUUUCUUUUGACAAAGUGCAGAUCCGGGAGUUCCAGCAGGUUUUAGGCGACAAUCCUUGCGAUCAGGGUCCAUCCCUGGCUUUAGGGUGGCAGUACAGGGAGAAGAAGGGAAUGGAUCUAGAAAAGUACGAAUCGAAGCGCAACUGCAACGGUUCUGUACUUAGCUUGUUGGUUGGCUCUGGUAGCAGUAAACGCAGGGACUCGUCAUUGCUGUCCCCCAGAGCUCGGGCCGAAAAGGCGCUUGAAUGGGGUUUCACACGAGAGGAAAUCAACGAGAAUGCCUUUCAAAGCCAACUGGUCCAACAACAACGCAAGAAGUCAUAUAAAGAGGCCCGAAAAAUGGCUGAAGACGGUGCCAGGUUUGAUCCAAAGGCCUUUAUGCAAGCGGCCAGGGCGGCUCACGGAUAUGCAUAACAACGCGAUGAGCAAAAGACGUCUUUUGCGAUGAUAGACAGAACUGCAUGUAACUAAAUACGUAUUUAUUUG